AUGUCUGAAAAAAAAAGAAAAGGAGGGGCCGAAAAAUUACGAGAAAAUAAGAAAAAACAGCUUCAAAAUGAUGCAAAAAUGUGUCUUAACAUUCAAGACAUGUUUACUAAACCAAAGAUUAAUAAACCUAGCUUAGAUGUAAAUAAUGAACAGAAACAAGGAUCUGAAAAACAUCAAACAACAUUAUCAGGAGAUGAGGAUAACCCAUGCUCAAAGUUAAAUAAUGAAGAUGAUUUAUUUGUUAAUAACAUAUUACAUAAUAAUGAAGAUGAUGGUGACGAUGGUGUAUGUACAAAACAACCAGAUUAUGUUAUCAAUGAAACUGAUGGUUUUAAUGAACACAAAGAAGAUAAUCUUAAUUUAGAACAGUCAGUUUCUAAUAAUAAAUAUGAUCAUUCAGACCAUUUAAAUGUUGUGACUAUGAUUAACUUAAAUGAUUCAAAAACCUCAGAAGAUGCUAGUGAUAUUAUUGGUGAACAAUGCUUUGAGAGUACUAAUGCAAAUUCUAAUUUUAUUAGAAAAUUAAAUGAUUCAAAAACCUCAGAAGAUGCUAGUGAUAUUAUUGGUGAACAAUGCUUUGAGAGUACUAAUGCAAAUUCUAAUUUUAUUCUAAAUUAUAAUGCAACUGUAACUCAAAAGUUAGACUUUAUUAAAAAACAUCCAAUUCAACCUACUCACACUGGAAAUAUAAACUUUGAUGUUAAUAAAAUUUACUAUAGAAUCGUUUCUGGGAAAAAAAUUCAUAGAACUUGGUUAUCUAUUUUAGUCGAAGACAAUGAUUUCAAGUCAAUGUUUUGUUCAAUUUGUAUAGCAUUUGGUUCUGGAAUAAGUAAUUUUUCAAGUAACAGUGGCUGUACAAAUUUAAAAUCAAUGUACUCAGCUAUUGAACGACAUGAAAAAUCAAUUAUACAUACUAAUGCAGUAGAAAGCUAUUUUCAAGCUUCUAAAGAAAUGUCUAUGGAGUAUCUUAUAAAUAGAAAUAUGAUGGCUGUUAAAAGGCAAGAAACAGAAAAUAAUAUUCAUGUGCUUAAAGAAGUUUUUGAAAUUAUCAAGUUCCUUGGUCGUCAAAAUUUACCGUACAGGGGAUCUGCUUCCAAUGAAACAUUAUCAAACUUUGAUGAUAUUUUAAUAAAUAAAGGUAAUUUUUUGGAAAUGGUUCAAUUUGCAUCCAAAAAAGAUACCAUUUUGCAUGAACAUUUACGUCAAGCUAUUAAAAAUAGUAAACUAAGGAAGGAGAGGUUAGAGAAAAAUAAAAACUUAAAUUCAAAAGGGCGAGGUUCACUUAUUACAUUUUUAUCGAAAACAACUGUUGAUAAAGUAAUUUCAGGAAUUUUAAAGGCUAUAAGAAAUAAAAUUAAAAAUGAACUUGGUGAUCAAAACUUCAGUAUACAAAUGGAUAGCACCCAGGAUGUUGGUGUUAUGGACCAAGCAUCUAUUUGUGUUCGUUAUAUCAAUGAUGGUGAUAUAAAAGAAAGACUGUUUGCAAUUGUCCAAGUAAAGAGUUCUAAAGGUGAAGAACUUUAUAAAUUACUUAAAGAUUGUUUUUUUGAACAUGGGCUUAAAUUUAGUAAUAUAAUUGGUGAGUCAUUUGAUGGAGCUAAUAACAUGAGUGGUCAAUUUUCUGGUCUUCAGUCUUUUAUAAAAUCUGAAAAUAAGAAUAGCAUCUUCAUAUGGUGUUACAGUCACAUCUUAAAUUUAUGUAUGGUUGAUAUAUGUAAAAACAUUGAUUCAAAAACUUUGUUUGGUCUUUUAAACCGUUUAGCAACGUUUUUUGGUAGUUCUUAUAAGAGAAUGAAUACUUGGACUAGUGAAAACAGUAAAAACAGCAGAAUUGGACAAGAUAUGUUGAGAAAAUUACAUAAGGUAGCUGAAUCUAAUACAAGAUGGUGGUCGAGACAUAAGGCAUUAGAAUGGGUGUUUAAAGGAACAGAUUGUUUAUUUCCUACAGUUAUAAGUGUGUUGCAUAUUAUUUCAACUGAUAGUUCAUUUGAUAAUAAUUCUACUUCUGAAGCACUUUCAUUACUAAAAAAUUUAUGUGAGUUCAAAGUUAUAUUAACUGCACAUAUUUUUUUGAACAUUUUUAGUUAUGUACGACCAACUUCCGAUUACUUACAAACAAAACAGUUAGAUUUUUUAUCAGCUUGGAGAAUGGUGGAAAACACUAAGAAUGAUAUAAAACAAAUAUCAUUUGAAAAUAUCAUUAUAAAAGCAAAACAAUUUGCAAUUGAAACUAAUGAAAAACUUACUAACUUAAAAUUGCCUGAACAUAUUUUAGUGGAAGAAAAACUUCCAGAAGGUCGUCGUUUAAGAAAAAAAAAAAAACAAUUUGAUGAGACAACUGAGGACGAAGCAUUAACAACACCGAUUGAUCAUUACAGGGUAGAAACUUUCCAGACAAUAAUUGAUCAAUUAAACAUGAGUUUAAAUGAAAGAUUUUCAUCCAAUAUAGAUUUGAUUACCGAUGCACAGUUAUUACAUCCAUCUAGUUUUGACGAAAAUCUUAAAAACUUUCCAAAAAAUGGUUUACUAAAGAUAGCUAAUUUAGUAAAUAUUCCUCACAAUACAUUGGUAGAGGAACUUGUAGCAUUUUCUAAAAUAUAUCCAUCAAUGAAUGGAACUCUUUCUCAAAGAGCUGAAGAAAUAUAUGAUAAUAUGCACAAUAAUGAAAAUAAUUUAGUUGACGAUGAUUCGACUGAUGAAGAAGAUGACACAACUCCAAAUGCAACUAUGGAUAAUUUAGCUACUGGAAAACAAAGCAAAUGUUCUGGUUGUUUAAUUUGUUGUUUUAAGCUAUUAUUUAAAUUUAAUAUGCAUUCGGUGGCAUUUACUAAUUUAUACUUGGCAUAUGAAUUUAUUCUCACUUUGUCCUUUACUCAGGUUAACUGUGAGAGAAGCUUCAGUAAGCUUAAAAUUAUUAAAAGUAGAUUGCGUUCAUCAAUUGGAAAUGAAAAAUUAGAGGCAUUUAUGUUGAUGAGUGUAGAGAAAGAGUUGUUAGAAGAAGUAGAUUUUCAAGAAAUAUUACAAUAUGUGAAGCAAAGUUCCUCAUUGAUGUGCAAAUUAUUAAGUUAA